AUGAAGUUCUCCAUCACUGCUGCUGUUCUUGCUUUCGCUGCCACCGUCGUGGCCAUGCCCGGUGGCUCUCCAUCCUCCGUUGAUGACAACGGCCCCGGCAACGCCAACGGUGCUGGCAACAAGGGCAACAGCGACGUUCGCUUCCCUGUCCCCGACGACAUGACUGUCAAGCAGGCCGAAGACAAGUGCGGUGACCAGGCUCAGCUGUCCUGCUGCAACAAGGCCACCUACGCUGGUGACAGCACCAACGUUGACAGCGGUCUCCUCGCCGGUACCCUGUCCAACCUCAUUGGUACUGGAUCUGGCUCCGAGGGUCUUGGUCUCUUCCAGGAGUGCUCCAAGCUCCCUCUCCAGAUCCCCAUCAUCGGAAUCGCCGUCCAGGACAUCAUCAACAAGCAGUGCCAGCAGAACAUUGCUUGCUGCCAGUCGUCUCCCUCUACCACCGACGACGACCUCAUCGGUCUUGGUCUUCCCUGCAUUGCCCUCGGCUCCCUCGUCUAA